AUGAAUUAAAAUUCCAUUUCUCAUUACAUUUAGUCUAAAUGUACAUAAUGAUAUUUAAAAUAGUAAAUGAGUUAAAUAUACAAGGGGAAUAAGAUGAAACUUUAGAAUUGUUGAAUAAAAAUAUUGAGAAUAACAAAAACAACAUCAAUUUAUAUAUGAAAAAAAGUAAAUUUUGUUAAAUUUAAAUAGCUUAACUUUUAGCUUAAUUGGGUAAAUUAUAGGAAAUUUUAAAUACUUGGGAUUUCGGAAUUUUAAAUAACAUACACGAUAUCAAUUUUUAUUAAGAAAAAGGUAAGAUUUGUUUUCAAUAUAUUAGCUUAAGCUCUAAGGAAUCAAAGUAAAUAAAACUAGCUCAUUGAAUUAUAUGAUUUUGCGAUAACCUAAAAUGUCAAAGAUGUUUCGUUUUAUUAGUUAAAAUGUAAAAAAAUGGGUUUCAUAAUCAUUAGGUCGAGAAUUAUUUUAAUAGAAGAGAUAUUAAGAAAUAUUCGAAUGCUGGGAUUAUGGAAUUAACAAUAAUAAAGAGCAUAAAAUAUUUUACAUUUAGAAAAGUAAAUUUCUACAUUUAAAUUAUCCUUAGUUAACUCUAUAAAACAAAUUUAUACUCUAAAUGACGCUGUAAUUUCUGAUGAAGGAUGGAGAAAAAUAGCUGAAUGUUGGGAUGCAGGGAUCAUCAAUAAUAUCUAUGAUUACUCUUUCUACAUCUAAAAAGGUAAAUCUCAGUUUACUAAUCCAUAGUGUAAGCUUUAGAAAAAUUAGGAGAAUAUAAUGAAAUAUUGGAAUGCUUAGAUUUAGGACUUAAAAAUAACAAAUAUCAAUAUAUUUUAUAUAAAAAAAAAGGUAAUCAUGAGCGCCAAUUGAUUUAGGGGAAAUCUUAGAGAAAAUGGGAAAACAAUAAGAAAUAAUUGAUAAUUAUGAUAAAGCAAUUUCUUUAAUGAAGCAUCCUGCUAUUUAUGAGGAAAAAGGUAAGAAAAUUAUUAAUAUUGUUAGCAAAUGCUUUAAUUAAAUAACAAAAAUGGUAUGAGUUGAUAGAAUUUUGUAAUUCAAAUAAAUCGAAGGAAUCGAAUUACUUCUUUUUAGUCAAGAGUUUAAGUAAUAAACAGAUGGUGCUAUUAAAUAGUUUAAGCAUUAUCAGAAUUAGAAGGACAAGAAGAAAUUAUUAAAGUAUGUGAUGAACAUAUUCAUAGGAAUAAUAUGUUUAUUUAUAAAUCAAAAGGUUAAAUUAUUAUUUAGAUAUUAGCCAACGCAUUAUUUAAAUUAGGAUUCCUAAAUGAAGCCAUCGAAUGUUGGGAUGAUGCUCUUCGAAUAAAUAACAAUUUAGAAGAAUAUUAAAUAGAAAAAAGUAGUUUUAUUGACUAAAAUUAGUGAAUGCAUUAAAGGAAUAACAUAGAUAUCCAGAGGCACUUCAAAUUUGUAAUUAUUUAAUCCGUUUGGAAUUAAAUAAUUAAUAAGAGAUGUAAAAUUUGAAAUGUAUUAAUAUUUAUAUUCCAUUUAGUGGAUAUCUUAGAGGAGCAAGGUAAUUUUAGAGAGGCUCUAAAGAUAUCAAGAAUGAAUGAAUCAAUUAGAAAAACAUUAUACUAAGAAAUUUGAUGCCCUUAUUAACUGCU